CUUGUCGCUUGCCGUAAUUCAUGUAAACACGGAAGUGAAUUUACUGUAACCCCGAAGCUCGCAUGUAGCAAUCGACAGACUCUUCUAGUUUCGAUAAUAAUUAAUGAGUCAAUAAUUUCAAUUUCUUAGUUUCAUCUCAUCACACUGAAGGACCUGGAGGGUAUACUUUUGAAGCGCAUUCUCGUGCUUGGAAAUGUGUUGCACACCGUCACCGUUAGCUUAGCUUUACCAUGACAGAUAGAAUACGGAAAACGUUCAAAUUUGUCGUUGCACACCGUUAGCUUAGCUUUACCAUGACAGAUAGAAUACGGAAAACGUUCAAAUUUGUCGUCGUCGGAGGUGGCAUCGCGGGGGUGACGUGUGUUGAGCAGUUGUCAUCCCGUUUACCGUCAACUGACGUCGCCCUGAUUACCGCAGGCCCGCACAUCAAGGCAGUGAGCAACUACAAACAGGUGGCCAAGGUUCUGGAAGAGUUUGAUGUGGAGGAGCAACCACCCAGUGUUCUGCAGGAGAAAUUCCCCAACUUGACUGUCAUCCCCUCUGCCGUUAACACACUGCACACACAAUCACAUUUGGUCGAAACUGCAGAUGGACACGUUUAUGGCUACGAGAAGCUCUGCAUCUGCAGCGGUGCCCGACCGAAGCUGCUAACCCAGGGCAAGCCAUAUGUGCUGGGAAUUCGGGACACGGACAGUGCCCAGGAGUUUCAGACGCAGUUAACUAACGCUAAGAGGAUAGUCGUGAUUGGAAAUGGAGGGAUUGCCUUGGAGUUAGUGUAUGAGGUGGAGGGUUGCGAGGUGAUCUGGGCCGUGAAGGACAGCGCCAUCGGAAACACCUUCUUCGACGCGGGAGCGGCGCAGUUCCUCAUCCCGUCGCUGGGCGCCGACAAGCCGGAGCGAACCGCUCCCUGCAAGAGGGCUCGCUACACCACGGAAGACCCGACAGCCGGCGAGGCUCAGACCUUCACGGCAGAUCGACACAUGCGAGGGCGCGACUCUGGUCCCACGGAGGCUGGCAGUGCACUCGGUCCAGACUGGCAUCAGGGGCUAGUUCUCAAAGGAGCAGAGCGGGCAUCCCGUAGAGUUUCAGUGGAAUAUCAGUGUGAGGUGGAACAGAUCUUCACCUCUGAGGAGAUGCUCAAUUCCCAAUCCCAAACACACAGACCCGAUACCGAAGGAACCUGGCCAGUUUAUGUCCGGCUGACAAAUGGCAAGACGUUUGGGUGCGACUUUGUCGUGAGUGCCACAGGUGUCACGCCGAACACGGAGCCAUUUCUCCACGGCAACAAUUUCGCACUGGCAGACGAUGGCGGCCUCCGAAUAGAUGACCACAUGGUGACAUCGGAACCGGACGUCUACGCCGCUGGAGACGUGUGCACGGCAUGCUGGGAGCACAGCCCACUGUGGCAACAGAUGCGUUUGUGGACGCAGGCUCGUCAGAUGGGCUGGCACGCCGGCCGCUGCAUGGCUGCACGCGUGCUGUCCGAAGCCAUAGAGCUGGACUUCUGCUUCGAGCUCUUCUCCCACAUAACUAAAUUCUUCAACUAUAAGGUGGUGCUGCUCGGAAAGUUUAAUGCGCAGGGGUUGGGGUCCGACUAUGAGCUGCUGCUGCGCUGCACCAAAGGCCAGGAGUAUGUCAAGGUGGUUUUACAAGGGGGCAGGAUGGUCGGAGCGGUGCUCAUCGGGGAAACCGACUUAGAGGAGACCUUUGAGAACCUCAUCUUGAACCAGAUGGAUCUCACAGCAUACGGGGAGGACCUGCUUAACCCCAACGUUGAUAUAGAGGACUACUUCGAUUGAGCAAAAGGCACAACUUAUGUUGAGUAAUGACAUGCCUUGGAAAAGGACAUAGAAAUGUGUUUUCUUUGACAUUUUUUCCCCAAAUUAUUUGAGGCCUAAAAUCUAAUCUAAACGUCUGCGUAAAGAUGAUGUUUGAGGUCGUGUACUGGAUGUAGUUAAUGAGUAAUAAAUGAGGAAUCUGUUUUAA